AUGUACAAGUACAGGAGUGGGUUGAUAAGCAAUCCUGUCCAUUACAAAAAGGCAAAAAGGGAGGGAAUACAAGCAAGGCAGGGUUUAGCAAAGAAGUUGCGACUUUGUGGGAUUGAUGCCGUUGCAUUGGAAAAUGGUCAGACCUCUGAUGAUUGCAUUGAGUUUUAUGAAAAAGAAAGACGUUACGUCCUCAGCAGAAGGGGACCCCCCCUGCGUAUCGACGGUUUAGUCAAGUACAUUCCAGCAGAGUAUAUUUGUCAUGUUGAGAGUGAGGGAGCUAGACAGCAGCUUGAAGAAGUAAUGGCAAUCUUCAAGGUAAAGCUGUCUCCAAAUGAUCUUUUUGCAAGAUGUACAAAAUGUAAUUCAGGAUCUUAUAUCAAUGUCCCUCCAGCUAUCAUUAAAAAAAUACGAGAAAAUCAGGAUAAGGUGGAAUAUGUACCUGAUGAGUGGAUGGACUUUGGUGAGGAAAGAAUUAAUCUGACAUCUGGUGUUACACAGAAUGGUGUAAAAUUACAGAUAGAGAAAUUGAUAUUAGCUGUUGUCGAGAAAGCAGAGGUACUAUAUAUUUGUGCUAGAUGUGGAAGAUGUUACUGGGAAGGAUCUCAUCAAGAAAGAGCUUUCAGGGAAUAAUUACACAAUUUUUGGACACUGAAAAUGUGGAU